AUGGCGAAGUGGUUAAAGGACUAUUUAAGUUUUGGGAGCAAACGAGUUCCCCCGCAACCUCCGAAGCCUGAUUACACGGAGAGUGAGAUCUUGAAGGCGUAUCGUGCCCAGAAGAAUCUAGACUUUGAAGACCCUUAUGAAGACUUUGAGAACAGAGGUAGAAAUGACAACGGAUCGAAUGAAGUGUCUCACACAGGCUUCGGUUCUCCCAUGAAAUCCUCAAGUUUGGAUAUCAAAGUUGUCUCGCCGAAGCAUCGACUCAUAAAAGUGGAUUCGCAAGACCUGGGACGGAGCAAGAUUCUCCUGAGCUCUGUGUCUUUAGAGGAACCGACAGAUCCGGUGGUUCCAUCAGCUCCAGUUAUGGGCGAUACUGACUACUCUGACCCAUUCGAUGUUCGUUUGGACCCGCGUCCAGAAUCCGCCCAGGGCCAGAUCACUCCUGAGAACAACGGCUACAUGGAGCCCUACGAGGCCCAGAAAGUGAUAACAGAGCUGCAGAGGAGAGCAGGUGGUGGAGCAGGAGGCUGGGGAAGAGGGGAAGUCCAGCUCUAUGACACCCCAUAUGAAGAACGCGUCCCAGGACAGCCGGAUUUGCCAGAGGAGGGCAGGGAAAGCAGGCUGCCGCAGGAUGAUGAUAGGCCCGCAGAUGAAUAUGACCAGCCGUGGGAGUGGAAGAAGGAGCACAUCUCCAAAGCUUUCGCAGUGCAGUUUGAGGGUGCCGAGUGGGAUCGUUCCUGUUCUCCCACUGAACGCCUGAGGUGCUCCAGGGCUCCGCCGACCACAGGCAGCAUGAAGCUCCGCAAGCCCAGUGAUCCUCAUUCCAUGAUUGGGGAGAGAGUGGAUCCCUCCCUGCCCCUGGAGAAACAAGUAUGGUAUCAUGGCUCUCUGUCUCGUUCGGAAGCCGAGUCUCUGUUGACCCUCUGUAAGGAGUGCAGUUAUUUGGUGCGAAACAGCGAGACCAGUCGCCUGGACUAUUCACUCUCGCUGAGGAGCUGCCAGGGUUUCAUGCACAUGAAGUUCAGCCAGUGCAAAGACGGCCGCUAUAUCCUUGGCCAGAACAGCCCUCCAUUUGAGACCAUUCCUGAAGUGAUCCACUAUUACACCACACACAAACUCCCUAUCAAAGGAGCCGAACACUUGUCCCUGCUCUUCCCCGUGUUGGUUCAAACUCUCUGA